GCCGGGUGGGGGCAGCCGCGCGCCCCGGCUGUCUGUGCGGCCCAGUUGUGUGCCAGGCGUGCAGCAGCGGGUGCGGCUCAGUCCAGCCUCGGUGAUAACACCAGAGACAGCCCACCAGCCGCCACACAGAUGAGGCCUGCCACCACCACCGCCGCCCCCGCCGCCGACAUCUCUGCCAGCGCACCUCGCCAGACACCUGCUGCUGCAUGGCCCAUGACUCCUCAACCUGAUGAGGCCACUGUCUCUCGCAUGCGGAGGCUCUCUGCAAAGACGAGAAACAUGAGGCUGGUCCAUGCGGCUGGGAAGAGGGCAGUGGGGCAGCUGAGGGCGCUGCUCGCCGCGGGGGCAGACGUUGGGGCGAGGGCCGGGCUUGAGGGGCGGACCGCCCUGCACUGGGCAGCGCGCAGGGGAGACGGCGAGGCUGCUGCUGGAGGCAGGGGCGGCGGUGGACGCCAGGGAGAUCAAGGGCAAGCAGAGGACGCCUCUGCACCUGGCUGCAGAGGAGGGAGGAGCCGCUGUCGCGCGGCUGCUGCUGCGGGCGACCGCCGACCCCAACGCCAGAGAUUGCAGAGGGUGGAGGCCUCUGCAUCUUGCAGCAGCCUAUGGCAGGGCAGAAGUGGCAGCUGCGUUGCUCGACGCGGGGGCCGACAAGGGGGCCACAACUGGUGA